AUGGUACACCAGGAACCGGGCUUGAGAGACGCGGCCGUGGCGCUUGCUUCUCUUUACCAGAAAUUUAGAGAGGAUACACAGACUGAGGCGGAGAAGAAGUUUUCUAUCGGUCGUUAUAAUUCGGCCAUGCGCCAGAUUGCUUUGCUGCGACAAGGAAAUCUUGACACGGUCGUUAUCGCCUGUGUUAUUUUCAUGUCCAUUGAUAUUCUAUGCGGGAAUCAUGAACAGGCACUUCUUCACUACAGAUAUGGGAAACGCAUUUUGGAUUCAUACACUCCCAAUGCUCAGAUCAAAGGAAUCUUUCGCCAGAUGCACAUGUUUGUCCUAUUCACCAGUCCUUCGGGUCUCUUGUUGCUAGAAAAGGAUGGGUGUCCACAUAUCACGCAGCCAUUCUGGUCGCUUCUUCAAGCGCAAGAGGAACUUGACUGGCUCGUUUACCGGUCCAUGGAAGUGGUCUAUUUUGUGAACAAGCAAUGCGAAGAGUCUAUCAUCCUACCCGCACAGUAUGAAUUGAACCACGAACUGGAUAACUGGUUUCUCGCUGUCUCCGGCUUGGUAUCCCAAGAUCUACCCAUACUUGAAAGGGCUGCAUUCCAUAUGCUUGAGGCCCGAUGGCUCAUUUGCAAAAUAUGGUGCCAUGGAUCCUUAUAUGGUGAUCAAGGGUACGAUGACUGUACCGACAUGUUCCGGCGGGAAUUGGAGCUCCUGCGGGAGUUGAUGGCUAUGGGUGCACCUAAAAGCACUUUCGAGAUCGGAGUCCCACCACUUUUGCAUUUUCUCUUCACGAAAUGCAAGGACUUGAAUCUUCGGCUUUCAGCGCUGGCUUUGUUCAUGGAGAAGUGCUUCACGCCUGAUACGUUCUGGGACUUUCGGGUGAUUUAUGAAAACUCUCAGCGACGAAUCGAGCAGGAGCAUGAUAUGGUACUUGGAUCCGAAUGGGCUCAGUCGAUUGAUCAGGAAACGAUGCUCCCAAAGAAGAAGAGUGCGCUCACACGUACUGCAUGGGUCAGCAAGAUCCAAUAUCUCUGUCCAUGGGCUCUUGUGGUGUUGGAUGUUUCCGAAGAAGUCCGAGGGGUGAUUCCCUUAUAG